AGCCCUUAAUGCCCAGCUAGAACCCUCAGCGCAGGAGUGCGAACGACAAGACUAGCCGCUACGGAGAUCGCCCGGUAGACUUUCUAUGUACUUGUGUAGUGCUCUGUACGCCGCGUAAUCUCGUCUCAACACAAAAUAAGCUCCCUUCGUCUCCUAGGGCUUUUAAUCGAUUUACUGCUCGCCCUUUCUCUCACUCUCGCUAUCUCUGCCGCUCCGCUUACACUGGUGACGCAAGGAGCUUUGGGCAAUGUCUGGGAUGGCAUCGAAGUUCGGAUUGGCCGGAGGGAUACCGGAGCGACGAGUCCGACCUAUUUGGGACGCCAUCGACUCUCGCCAGUUCAAGAAUGCUCUUAAGCACUGCACUAAUCUGCUUUCCAAACACCCCAACUCCCCCUACGCUCUUGCACUAAAGGCUCUCAUAUUGGAAAGAAUGGGGAAAGCCGAUGAAGCAUUGUCUGUUUGUUUGAACGCCAAAGAGCUAUUGUAUACCAAUGAUUUUGCAUUGAUUGAUGAUCUUACUCUCAGCACAUUGCAGAUUGUUUUCCAGCGACUUGAUCACUUGGAUGUGGCAACCAGUUGCUAUGAGUAUGCUUGUGGGAAAUUUCCCAACAACAUGGAACUAAUGAUAGGUCUUUUCAACUGUUAUGUUCGUGAAUACUCGUAUGUGAAGCAGCAGCAGAUAGCUAUCAAAAUGUACAAGAUUGGUGGUGAAGAAAGGUUCUUACUUUGGGCAGUUUGCAGCAUUCAAUUGCAGGUUCUUUGUGGUAAUGGGGGAGAAAAGCUGUUACUUUUAGCAGAAGGUUUGCUCAAGAAACACAUCACAUCUCAUAGUUUGCAUGAACCAGAAGCUCUUAUCCUAUAUAUUUCUCUACUGGAACAACAAUCAAAAUAUGGAGAUGCCUUAGAAGUUCUUUCAGGAAAACUAGGGUCCCUUAUAAUGAUUGAAGUUGAUAGGCUACGUUUACAGGGGAGGCUUCAUGCUAGAGCUGGUGAUUAUGAUGCUGCAAGCAACAUAUUCCAGGAAGUAUUGAGAAAAUGUCCUGAUGAUUGGGAGUGUUUCCUCCAUUAUCUAGGGUGUCUAAUGGAGGACGACAGUAGCUUGUGCAGUGAAGCUAAUAGUGAGCACAUUAAUCUGUCAAAAUCUGUAGAUUGCAAGAUUUCUCACUUAACAGAUGAAGUAUUUGAUUCUCGUAUAGCAAAUGCUUCGUCUUUUGUGCACCAGUUGCUGGCUGAGGCAAAUAGUGAUUCCAUAAGAUGUCCUUAUUUAGCAAACCUUGAAAUUGAAAGGAGGAAGCUUCUAAAUGGGAAAGGUGAUAGUGAUAAGUUAGUCGAGACAUUGGUGCAUUACUUUCUCAGGUUUGGACAUUUGGCUUGUUUUGCUUCUGAUGUAGAGAUGUUCCUUCAAGUUUUGAGUCACGACAAUAAGUGUGAGCUUCUUAAGAAGUUGAUGAAAGAAUGUCAAUCUAUAGAGACAGUUCCAACAAAGGCUCUUGGGAAGUUUAUUACGGUCUUCAAGAUCCAAAACAUUGUAGGAGAGUUGUUCACACUUCCCAUAGAUGAACUUGAGAAGCUAGCUGUUCAGAUGACAGACAUGUACUGUAAGAACCUCACAUUAUCCAAAGACUUGGAUGGACAGGAUAGUAUGUAUGGCGAAGAGCUUUUGUCUAUGGCAUGUAAUGUGUUGGUUCAGCUUUUCUGGCGUACAAGGAAUCUUGGUUAUUUGUUGGAGUCAGUCUUGGUUUUGGAAUUUGGUUUGACAGUCCGCAGAUUUGUGUGGCAGUAUAAGAUCCUUCUGUUGCAUUUGUAUUCUCACUGGUGCUCUCUUCCAUUGGCAUAUGAAUGGUACAAGUCACUGGAUGUCAAGAAUAUUUUGCUGGAAACUGUAUCUCACCUCAUUUUACCACAGAUGUUGGCAUCUCCCCUGUGGGCAGAUUCUAGUGAUAUUUUGAGGGACUAUCUGAAAUUCAUGGAUGACCACUUAAAAGAAUCUGCUGAUCUAACAUUUCUUGCCUACCGUCACAGAAAUUACUCAAAAGUUAUUGAGUUCGUUCAAUUCAAAGAACGGUUGCAGCGUUCCAGUCAGUAUUUGAUGGCAAGGAUCGAAGCACCUAUUCUACAGAUGAAAAAGAAUGCUAAUAGCAUUGAAGAAGAGGAGUCUAUUCUAGAAAGCUUGAAGUCUGGAGUUCAGAUUCUUGAGCUCUCAAAUGAAACUAGAAGUAAACCAUUGACAUUCAAUGAAGAUUUACAAUUACGACCUUGGUGGACGCCAACAUGCGAUAAAAAUUAUCUGUUAGGUCCUUCCGAAGGAGUAUCCUAUUGUCGUAGAGAAAACAUGCAUAAGCAAAUUCAACAAUCAGAUGCAAAUGUGAUUAAGAACAUUGAGAAGAGAUCCCUUCUUCCGCGGAUGGUUUUUCUGUCGAUGCGUUGUGCUGCAUCGUCAGUGAAGGAAAAUAUUGAAGUCAAUGGCUCGGUCUUUAAUCCUAAGCUCUCAUCAGAACUAAAACUUUUACUCGAUCAGUAUGCCAACACCUUGGGAUUUUCCUUCCAAGAUGCUUUAGAACUUGCCUUUGGAGUGUCAAGCGGCCAUAAACAGUUAGAGGAAUUGAACGUCGAUCUGGUUGGCUGGAUGAGUUUUGUCGUCUUCUUGAAUGCGUGGAAUUUACAAUCUCACGAGGUGGAUAAAGGUUCAAAUACACCGAAUAUGUGGCAAAUUGUGAAUUCUUUGCUGAAGAAGUGUAUAGAGGAAAAGAUAAGAUCAAUUGGACCGCAUGCAUCAGCUCCCGGCAGCGAUCUUUCUACCUUGGUGCAGUUGGUAACCGAACCUUUGGCCUGGCAUACUUUGGUAAUACAAUCGUGUGCACGGUCAGUAGUUCCUUCUGGAAAGAGAAAAAAGAAAGGCGGGGCCGCCGCAGAGCAGUCAAACGCCCGGCUUUCUCAAGGAAUACAAGAGUCUGUCCAAUCUGUGUGCAACGUUAUACAGGAGGUUUUGAAUUGGUUAAAGGAACAAAUCAGCAAAUCGGACGAUGCAAAACUGGAAAGCGUACUUUCUUCUCUUCACGGACAAAGUGAAGGGCCCGGGAAGGUCUUUCGAAUCAUAAACAAAUUAGCCUCUUCUGCAAACGAUAUGGAGCUGGGUGACCGCAUCUCCCAAGCAGUGCAGUCUUGGAGUCCCGCUGAUGUUGUAAGGAAAAUCACGACUAGUCAGGUCUUGGCGUUACACGACUUCAGCAAAAUCUGUGAAUCGAAACUAAAAUCACUACAGGCGCUGAAAGCUCAUUUAUAGCCUACCGAGGCGAUUGCUUGAUGGAUUAGGCACACGGUGGAGCUAAAUACAACGAGCAACGCCUCUGGGGCCUGGUAUUUUGUACUUCAAUUUUCCCCAUGUUAAAGAGAUUGCUUGCUUUGUCUCAUUAUUUCAAGGCAUUUCUUUCUUUGCAAUUUCAUUUGUUGGAUUUUCUUUUGGCUUGAUUUUUUCUUCCAUGUACACUAUAAACAAUAAUGUCUUCUCUCUCCCUCCAUCCCUCUCUCUCAGAUCUCAAUUUAGCAGCUUAUUAAUUGUAAACUAUUCACUGUGUUUUCAACAUAAAUUUUGGAAAUUUUUGAUUUGGUUUUA